UGCCGCCCUCAAUAACUUCACGAAGUCGUUUAUUAUUUCCACUGCACCACCCAGACCAGAGUCAUACAGAGCUCCUCUCUCUCUCUCUCUCUCUCUCGCCGCCCAACACCCACCUCUAUUCUGUCCCCAUUCACACCAUACUAGUCGGCAAUUCUCCAGAUUUUCUCUCAGAUCCAAUUUUUCCCAGAAGCAAACCAUCGAAUUUCCCGAGAAACAAAUAAAACACACACAGACACACAAAAAUGUCACAGAGUGAUACUAUUCCCCUCCACCCCUCUUCCCAAUCCGACAUCGACGAGAUCGAAAAUCUCAUCAACUCCGGCCCAUCAACGGUCCUCCCGGCCCGCCCACCAAGCCCACCAAGAGCUCAGAUCCCCAUCUCCUCCUCUCCUUUUAUCCCUUCCAAUCUCCCCCUACCACCACCCACUCAAAAAUCGCCACCUGUGCCUUCUGUCACGGCCCCACCGCCUCCAUUGCCUACAGCCCGUAAUGGGUCUUCGAAUAUUGGUUCAACGGGCUUUGGCCCGGCCCCGAACACUUUGACGGAGCCGGUGUGGGACACGGUGAAAAGGGACUUGUCGAGAAUUGUGAGUAAUUUGAAGCUGGUGGUGUUUCCAAAUCCUUUUAGGGAAGAUCCUGGUAAGGCUUUGAGGGAUUGGGAUCUUUGGGGACCCUUUUUCUUCAUUGUUUUUCUGGGUCUCACCUUAUCCUGNGAAAAUCUCAUCAACUCCGGCCCAUCAACGGUCCUCCCGGCCCGCCCACCAAGCCCACCAAGAGCUCAGAUCCCCAUCUCCUCCUCUCCUUUUAUCCCUUCCAAUCUCCCCCUACCACCACCCACUCAAAAAUCGCCACCUGUGCCUUCUGUCACGGCCCCACCGCCUCCAUUGCCUACAGCCCGUAAUGGGUCUUCGAAUAUUGGUUCAACGGGCUUUGGCCCGGCCCCGAACACUUUGACGGAGCCGGUGUGGGACACGGUGAAAAGGGACUUGUCGAGAAUUGUGAGUAAUUUGAAGCUGGUGGUGUUUCCAAAUCCUUUUAGGGAAGAUCCUGGUAAGGCUUUGAGGGAUUGGGAUCUUUGGGGACCCUUUUUCUUCAUUGUUUUUCUGGGUCUCACCUUAUCCUGGUCAGCUUCGGUCAAGAAGGAGAACCCAGAAAAAUCUAUGUACAUAGAGUGA